CUUAAAUUCAACGGCAUGCAGUACAUCGACAUGUGCAAGAACGGCGACAUCGACUUCUGCGAGCUGAACGCACGCUUCGGGAUGCGCUUCAUCAUCGCCGACCCCGUCACCUUCAAGACCAAGGGCAGCUACCUGGGCCUGGCCACUCUGCAGGCAUAUACCACAAUGCACCUCUUCUUUCAGUUCAAAACCACCUCGCCUGACGGAUUCCUCAUCUUCAACAGCGGAGACGGGAACGACUUUAUCGCCGUAGAGCUGGUCAAAGGGUUUAUCCACUACGUGUUCGACCUGGGGAACGGGCCCAGUCUGCUGAAGGGGAACAGCGAAAACCAGCUGAGCGACAACCAGUGGCACAACGUGGUCAUCACCAGAGACGCCGCCAACACACACACGCUCAAGGUGGACUCAAAGUCCGUCACGCAGAAUGUCAACGGAGCCAAGAACCUCGACCUCAAAGGUGACCUGUUUAUCGGGGGUCUAGGGCCCAACAUGUACCAGAACCUCCCGAAGCUGGUGGUCUCUCGGGAGGGCUUCCAGGGCUGCUUGGCCUCAGUGGAUCUCAACGGCCGCCUGCCAGAUCUCAUCAACGACGCCCUGUUCCGCAGCGGGCAGAUUGAGCGCGGCUGUGAAGUUGGUUUCACCAAAGCCGACCUACAAGGCCCCAGUACGACGUGCCAGGAGGACUCGUGCGCCAAUAUGGGCGUGUGUAUCCAGCAGUGGGAGAACUUCACCUGUGACUGCUCCAUGACGUCUUACUCAGGGACUCACUGCAAUGAUCGUGAGUACAAUUGA